ACGUAUGCACGUUUCUAUUUAUUUAUUACUAUUACAACUGCCGGUGACUUGCAGGCUGUCGUAGCCUUUAAAUAUGUGCAGCGAUCCAGUCUAGUCUUCCACUGGUUUAUCAGUUUUGAAGAAAUCCAUUACGACUUUGUAAACCAUAAUUCGAUAUAUAUAGGGCGAGAGAUGACACUUAAUAUCAACCAUAACAUUGUACUACAUCACAACUAAUUGCAUCUCACACAAGCACAAAUGAAUUCCAAGGAACCGAACACCACCUCCUCCUUUCCUUCUUUCCCUUCCACCAGAUGGUGGUCGAAGGAGACGGUGGCUGUAGUGACCGGAGCAAACAAGGGAAUCGGCUAUGCCAUGGUGAAAAGGUUGUCGGAAUUGGGAGUGACAGUCAUCUUAACAGCCAGGGAUAAUGCAAGGGGAUUGAAGGCUGUUGAAACACUAAAAGGUUUAGGAUUCGAUGUGUUUUUUCAUUGCUUGGAUAUUUCUGAUCAUGCCUCCAUCUUGGACUUUGCUUCUUGGUUUAAACAUCAAUUCGGACAGCUUGACAUACUGGUGAAUAACGCUGCAAUAUCUUACAAUGAGAUUCACGAAAACUCCGUGGAACAUGCAGAUGAAGUUAUACAGACAAAUUAUUAUGGACCAAAGGCACUAAUUGAGGCUCUCUUUCCUUUCUUUUCUCGGUCGAUGACAACAACUCGAGUGCUCAAUCUUAGCUCAAGACUCGGCUUGUUAAACAAGUUAAAAAAUCCCGAAAUUAAAAAGAUACUUUUAUACGAAGAAAAACUUUCUGAGGAUUUAAUUGACGACAUAGUGAAAUUAUUUAUCGAUGACGUGAAGAAAGGGCAGUGGAAGAGUCGCGGUUGGCCUGAAAAUUGGACGGAAUAUGCUGUUUCAAAACUAGCACUAAAUGCAUAUUCAAAGGUAUUGGCUAAUCGUUACCAAGGGCAAGGUUUAAGUGUUAAUUGUUUUUGUCCAGGUUACACUCAAACAUCUAUGACCCAUGGAACUGGAAAUUAUACUGCGGAUGCGGCCGCCGAGUUAGGAGUGAAUAUUGUAUUGAUUCCGGCUAAAGAUUUACCAACCGGAAAAUUUUUCUUGAGGUCUAGUCGUGGUGUAUAUAAUGAUGCUUAUUCUAAACUAUAAGGAUGAAACAAUAUAAUACAGGAUAAUGCAUAGGGUUAUCUAUACUAUACUAUAAUAAGCCAACAUGGGUAUAAUUUGUAGUCGUACAAAAUUUUGGUAUGGUCAUGUCUUAGUUAUGUUUUUUUA